AGUCGAAGAUUUUUAACUGCACCGAAAUAGCAUAUUGCAACGGGUCUGCAUAUUUUUUUCUUUCUCUCUUUUUGCUUUUUUGCGCCACCUAAAAUCUCAAUUUUGAGACGUUGCAUUUCUAAUUUUAGUAAUCUAAAUCUAAUAAUAUCUAAUUUUGGGCAUACUAUUCAAUCUUUAACAUGCUGAAAACCGUAGACCAUGAUCAGGUCUAUAUCAAAUUAGUUUCAAGGGCAUAUAGGGGCUCAAAAUCAUGUAAGCAAGGAAAGUGAUCGAGCUUCGGAUCAUGUCUCCGAAGACCAGUUCCAUGCACCCAUCUACACGGGGUGGGGGAGGCAGGGUGCAAAGUGCUCUAAAUAUACAUAUAUUGCACUCUCUCAGUGUUUUUGUUGUUUUUAUUUACAAAGCCCCCCCCCCCAUAAAAUGAAAGGUACUUCUGCCAACGGGUAAAGGUGAUUACCCUUAUAAUAUCAUCUGCUUCCCGCUCUGCAGAAGUGCCUCCUAAUAAUAUAGACUACUCCAAGAUACACUGGUCGUCCAUUACAUGUAGAGUGAAAUAAAAAAGCGAGCUGUGCCAAGUCACGAAUAGCGUAUUUUGUCUCGCCAAUCCAUUUAGGAUUGGAUUCUUAUGCCUCACGCACCGAGCAAAGCCCGGGGAAAGCCAGAUCCUCGCUACGUACAAAACAGACCUGGUGAUACAGGCCAGGGACGAACGAAAGCGAUCGCCUGCUCUCACGUCCCACAUCUCAUUUCGCACAAUAAAUUGAAUAAAAUUAGAUUUCUAGUGAGGAUGGGUUGAUAAACCGUGCGUGGAUGGCCGAUGACAGUAAAGUAAUACACCAUGUAGGCGGAAAUGACAGGAAGGCUAAAAUCAGGAGGGUUUAUGAUGGAUAUACACGCAUUGCACACAAAAAGAUGAAGUGAUCGUUUUCAUCAUGACAAAUCUUGUACUCAACCAAAGCCGUUCUUUGAGGUAGACGUAGAGGGCGUCACAAGAGUCUGUUCAAGAUGUCUCGGAUGGCUCUAGUGUGGUUCGCUGCUGCAAGUAGCUGCAUCUUUCUGCUCUCCAUCGGAUCAAUUUGCGCAUCAAACUCAGAUUCGAAUCUCGUUGUCGAGACAACAUCCGGAAAGGUCCGAGGUGCGAGAAAGAACAUUCUUAGGAAAGAAGUCAUUACCUACCUUGGUAUACCAUAUGGUGAAGCUCCAACCGGAAGUAGACGUUUUAAGAAGUCUACGAACAAGACACGUUGGGACGGUAUUUUUGACGCGUCCCGCUAUGGUUAUGCUUGCUACCAAGUGGUGGAUACUACAUACCCUGGAUUUCCCGGAGCGGAGAUGUGGAAUCCAAAUGUCAAUAUGAGCGAAGAUUGCCUAAAUCUAAAUAUCUGGGUACCAGCAGACAGACAGAAUGAAUCCUUACCGGUAAUGGUGUGGAUAUUCGGCGGAGGUUUCUUCGCCGGUUCUGCAUCGCUUGAUGUAUACAACGGAGAGGUGUUAAGUACGACUGAAAAUGUUAUUGUAGUAACGAUAAAUUAUCGCGUUGCAAAUCUGGGGUUCCUAGCUUUGGGUGGGUCUGAUAAUAUUCCUGGAAAUGCAGGGCUGUUUGAUCAGGCUUUGGCCAUCUCCUGGAUCCACGACAACAUCGCUUCUUUUGGAGGCGAUGUAGCGCGGUUGACGUUGUUUGGAGAAAGUGCAGGAGCAGUGAGCACCAACUUACACAUGUUCUCACCGAUGACCAAAGACCUUUUUACGCGUGUUAUUCUGCAAAGUAGCUCUUCGUUCGCUCCUUGGGGUGUCAUCACAGCAGAGGAGGCAUUGAGUAGAGGACUACUCCUUGCUGAACGAACUGGUUGCUACACCCCUAACGGGAUGCAACCCACUCGUGAAGAUCUUACAGAUGUCAUAAACUGCCUGCAAAGGGUCCCACCUGAAAUCCUCAUCGAGAAUGAAUUUGUUGUAUCUGGUACUUACAUCUUUCCUUUCGUACCGGUAGUUGAUGGUGAGUUCCUGACGGAGACACCGACGGCUGCGAAAAUUACAGGAAGCUUCAAGGAAGCAGAUGUCCUCCUUGGAACGAACACCAACGAAGGAUCAUUCUUCAUGGUAUAUGACCUUCCGGGCUAUUACGACAAGGACACGGAGAGCCUGAUUAACAGAACUCAAUUCUUUGAGCUGAUUCCUCGACUUUUGCCUGAAAUGAACGAGUUUGGUCGAGACGCCAUCGCAUUUCAGUACACGGAUUGGCUUGAUCCUGACAACCCAGCCUUACUGAGGGAUGCCACAGAGUUGUAUGUUGGUGAUUACAAUAUCAUUUGUCCGGUUCACGAUUUCGGAAGGUUUCAUGCAAGCUCGGGUAACAAGGUCUACGCAUAUCACUUCGACCAGCGAGCAGCCAACAAUAUGUGGGGUGACUGGAUGGGUGUUAUGCAUGGGGACGAGAUCGCUUUUGCCUUCGGUCAGCCUCUUCGGCCAGGCCUCGGGUUUUCCGAAGGUGACCGAAGAUUGAGUGAGAAGAUGAUGACUCUUUGGGCGAACUUUGCAAAGACAGGCGACCCGAAUGGAGCGGAAGAGAGUGACGACAUCCCGGCUGAAGAUGAUAAAUGGUUAUUGUUUGAUCAGGAUAAUCAGAAUGUGUAUCUCCUGAAGGAUACCACAGUGGACCACGCAAAAACGUACACAUGGGACCGAGCUAACUACUGUGCGUUCUGGUCGGAGUAUGUCCCGUUUCUCAACACUCAGACAGCUAAUAUUGACGAGUCAGAGCGACAGUGGAAGGAGGAUUUCUACCAAUGGAGCACCAAAUACAUGGUGGAUUGGAAAGCAGAAUUCAACCAUUAUCUCUACAGCAAGGAAUCUGGGUGCCCCAACGACGCAUACUCGGUCAAUGAAUCCCCCUAGUGUAGGUCCAUGCUAUUGUGAGAAAACGUGUACUUUUUACGUAAGUUAAAAUAUUUUAUCAAUAGAAGCUUGAAAGUGCGACCCUGAUGUUCAGAUAGUCAUUUCUACAAUCCCUGGAAAAAAAUGAGGAGAUGACAAGCUCUCGGAUCUCACCAUGCCUACAUCCCGUUUGAGAGAUGACCAGAUGACAAGAUCUUGUAUCUCGACAUGUCUACAUCUUUUAGAAAAGAUCGAUGAUCAGAUGACAAGAUCUCAGAGAUCUAGUAAUGUCUUCAUCUUUUAGUAGAGAUGAUCAGAUGAAAUGAUUAUGGAUAAUUUUUUGAACAUCUGGGUGGCCCUUUUAAGCUUCCAUAAUUAUCCGUUUUGCUGAGCUCUACUUGUGAGACUGCAAGCUUCAUCGGACCUUCGUCGUGGUAUCUGAAGCAGCACAUCGAAGCGAUUUCAUCACUCCAAUUAGAUAGGGUCUGUCCAAAACAAUAUUUCGUCAUUCUGAAUACUAGGGAUAUCUCUGGCUUGUCCGGGAGUUUAAGCAAUACUCAGAAAUACUUUAACCAACAUACUGAGUUAAUUGGUUAACAUAUGAACCUACCAAACAGAAAAAUCUCAAUUCGUUUGACAUGCAAUUUUUUUCUUUAACCACCAGUUAAUAGGUUCACAUUUUAACCAACCUAUUUUUUUCUGAGAGUGAAAGUUCUCUAUUGAGAAGGAACUUAAUUUUCCUUAAGAACAAAUAUUGCGAUCUUGAUCUUACGUCUCGUCUAUCUCAGUGCAUGUUGCACCUCGAUGUUUGCUGUGAUUUUUGUAUGGGGGAUGUAGAAUGACGGGUAUAAGAAACAGACAGUAUUUUUGUAACAAACAAGGUAAUUUAAAGGGACUCUAAGAGAAAAUUGUUAUAUACCAUUAAUACGAAAGUGAAACAAAAUCCGUCAUCUAUAAGGAGCAUUUUGGGGUUAGCUUCUAGAUAUCCAAAGGUUUGCCACUUUGCGAGCAUUACCGUCAACUUCUUCGACUACUUUAAUUUGUCACAUAUUGAAAGGGGGUCCUGACAAGUUUUUACUUCGUUAUUUAUUUGCUUCUCUAAUUCCAAUGUCUUAUACAAUUCUCCCUUGGUCGGAAUGUUUAUUGAGUGAUUCAAAUUAUUUCCUAUUAUUUUCUGGAAACUUCUAAACGAGGAGGCUGCUAUAUGCCUGCCAAUAUUUCAGGUUGUCAGAAGGAAGCUUUGUUUAAAAACAUUGUGCAUAUUUUAUAUGUAAUAGUAUACAGUCUAUUAUACGAAUAAAUAAAUACUUUUUUAUUAGGCAUAUAUUUACGUAGGCCCUGUUUCUAUCGUAUAUGCAUAUAUCCUGACCUUCAUCAUAUUAUCAUAAUAUUGCAGAAGUAUACUUACCUUAUUUUGUAUGACAUGUAUUACAAUAUUGAAACGGUGUUUUGUUCGUAGAGCGUUGAUACUUUAAUCUUUAUUUCUGUGUCAAUUACAAUAUUGUAAACAUAAGGCGCUUAAAGAUAUUCAUAUAGUAUUUUAUUAUGCGUGUUUAUCAGUCUAUUUAUCAUACUACCAUUAUAGCGCGUGGAGUGAUUUAAGUUUUUGUGUUUUUUCAUUGAAUUUGUUGAGUAAUUUAAACAGUUUUUACCGAUUGAACCCGCAAUAUUGUUCAUAUAUGGAUGUUUUUCUGUGAAGUAUUACUAGACUAAAUUAUAAAUUCAUAUAAAACUAUUACUACAUUACCGCUUUUAUAUAACAUUCAUGCCGUUGAUUCAACGGUAUUUCUGCAACUGACUCUUUUCGGUUCAUUAGCCAAUUUAAUUUACAUUUACAUUUAAUUUGAUUUAUUAGUAAAUUACUUACAUCUUGCGUUGUACUUUAAAGUUUUACAUGUAAUAUGAAUAUAAUGGGCAGUUCUUUGAAAUACAUCGUUAGAUCAAGGCAGGUAACUCUAUAUAAUUUAUUCAAUUACCAGUAAAUUACGAUUAAAACACUUAUUUUUUUUAUUUUACAUUUCCAUAUUAUUUGGUAUAAAGGUCAUUUCUAGUACAAGGGAAUUGAGGAGCAGUAUACUUACUGACAAACAACAAGAAACGAUCUUUACAUCAAACAAUCACUUUGUUGGAAAAACAAACCCAGUAAGAUUACCGAUACAUGUACUCUAAAACCGCUUCUGAUGUUAACAAGAAAUACAUGUGUUUACAGAUAAGUCUAUUUGAUAAUCAAUAAAAUAACAGAUUCCCAUCGACUAGUAUAAUUAUGCAUAUUUUCCACAACUUACAUUUCAUAGAUUUAACAAGCAACGGACUUCACGUUUGACUGUUGAGUAAUUGUUUGUUUAAUACGGAGUUAAGACGUCUCGUGGGCAUUCUAUACUACCGUCCCUAAUAACGAAGUCAGUACUGUUAUUGUUUAAUGAAAUAUUUAUGUUUUCGCAACUGAGAAUGUUAUAUCAAGAGUCUUAUUUUGUAUAUUGUAUAGAGCUCUGAUAAAGUGUAUACCUCGAUUGACACUGUUGAAGGCGUCACAUCGCUUACUGCAGUUAUUAUAGAACGGUCGAUUAGAGAGUUUACAUCACUGGGUGGGAAUAUUUCCGAGGACGCUUGAAAGGCAAAAAGUCUGUUAAAGGAAAAAAGGCAAAAAGUCCGUUCUAAAAAUACCAGAAAAAUACAUAUAUAUAUAAAUGAUGAAGAUAUAAGAAAAAUCCAUUAAAGAUUUUUAAAAGCUUGAUAAAAGAAUGGCGUUGAUAGAGAAUUUAGUCACAAGAAAUUAUUUUGAUUUCAUCCCGGAGGAUUAUGAGAAAGAUCAGGAUGAUGAUUGCAGUUACAAUCAUGACGGUGUUGAGCCUGCCUAACGUAGCACCAACUUAGGCAGUGUGUUUGGUGCGAGUUUGCAAUCACCCAAUUAUCGACAAUCUCCCAAUGUGCCUCAAAUGAGCAUUUCACAAGACCAUGACCUUCAUCUGAACUCGGGUUUAAUUUCAACUCUGGUCUAAGUUUGGGGCUUAACUAUGGAUAGCCAAGUGGGACACAAAUAUUAUCAGCUUUAUUAUCAUUAUAUCUGUUUCUCAGAUCAUUCAUUAUUGUUUGGGAAUAAAACUGAACUAUUUUUUGUCGCCAUUAUAGCAUGGUAAAAUAGCACAGUGAACAUAAGAAACUUAUAAUGUGAACAAAGCUUUUUGGCUUUCCAUAAAUUGAUCACAGAGUUAUACCACGACCUAUUCAAGUUAAGCUGUUUUUCAGAAUGUGGUUCUAUCUGAUUAAAGCUUUUUAUUGGAUUGGCUCAGAGCUAAUCUGCUUCAAGUAAACUGCCCCUCGUGACGGUACCUCAAAAAGAUGCAAUUUAUUUGAAAUGCAGUGUAUUAUUAAUAAAGGUACAAUUUUCAUCAAUGUAGAAACUUAAAAAAAUCAGAGCUUGGUGCAAACAAUGAUAAAAACAUUUUUGGAUACAAGACCGUUCUCGUUCAGAUACGAAGGUAUGAUAGAAGAUCUUAUGCAGAGAUUUGUAUGCUUGCUCCAAGUGUGCACUAUAUGCAAUAUUGAAUGUAUACACAAUAUUCUAUAUGACUACAUGUAUAUCAUCGCUAAUUUAUCUAUUUGGAUAUUGUAUAGUGAACGUGUGCUAAUUAAAGUAAUAACAUUAAA